AUGGGGCCCGGGGACACCACCUACCUCCAGCACGGGGGUGUGGCUCUGGAAGCAAUCCGGGCGUGGGUGAAGGGGAUCACCGGUGAAGACGCCCCAUUCACGGAGCUGCCGCCGGGGGCUCCCUCCCUCCAUGCCGGCGUCCCGGGGCUGCACCAGAUUAUCAGUGGCUACCUGCCCUGCGACGAGUGGGGGCUGAUGUCCGACUCCCCCGCUCAGGCCCCGCGUCCCCCUCCACCAGCAACCCGAGGGAAGCGGGUGGCCGAGGACAGUGGAGGAGAGUCAGAGCUCAGCUGGACCGACCUUGAGUCCUCCGGCGACGAGGCGGGUCAAGUUGCCGGGACCCAAGCAGUCCUCCCCGCGGCGGCGGAGGAGGAUGAGGACGAGGACGACACGCUCCUGAUCGUGUGGAGGUUAAGAGCACCCGUCGCAGCGGCCACCUCUGCAGUGUACGCUAGCAUCGUGGCGGCUUCUGCGGCGACCGGGGGCGCGGCAACCCCACGGGCGCCCACGGCCCUGCCCAAGCGGGGACUCUUCCGAGGCUUCGAGUUCAAGGUCAACCCCCCGAAGGACGGCACCUCGACGGGAGCUGGCAAGAGGGGGAGAGACGACUCGCCACCCGCUGCGCCGAGCAAGAAGCCGCGCACCCGGGCCAGCGCCAGCGCCGCCCCGGGUGGCACGGGGGCCAGUGGCGCCCCUACUGCGCCUGCCGUCGACCCAAUCCCAGUGGAGGAGGAGCCGGCGGCAGACCCGACUGCGCCCACGAUGGGAGCGGGCGUUGCGGUGGUCGAUCUCGGCUCCGACGCCGAUGACGCGGAGACGAGGGAGGAGUCGGAAGAGGCUCCCGCGCCAAGCUCCACCGCACCGGACACGACGGUGGCGGCGCCCACCGUCGGUACCGAGGCGGAGCUCGGCGGCGCGUCUCGGGCUACGUAG